AUGGACAAAUCCUCGAUGCUCCGGGGUCCUGUUCUGCUCGUUUCGAGGAAGGUAGAAGCUUCAUCGUCGCAAGCGACAGCCAAAGACGGAGCCUCCGCCUUCGUUGCUCCGAAAACGAGAGCACAAUUAGGCGAGCAGGGACCGCAGAUUCAAUUGGUGGCUAUCACGAACGCUAGCCCCGCAAUCACUUUGGUACAAACAGCGCCAAGCAGGUCCAGCAAGACUUACAGCGAGUUCCCGGUCGACAGAAAUCGAGCAGUUUUCCCGGGUCUGUUCUUGGGAGCCACCUUCUCCAGCUACAAUGAGCUCACGGAUCUGAUGCAAAGAUUUCAAAGAGCCAAAGGGGUACACCUGUACAUACGAUCGUCGAGAAAACUCUACCCGGCUGUUAACAACAUGGGUGGCACGGUGCGGGAAUAUAACCUCGAUCUCAUGUUCGCGGAUAUUUAUUACUCGUGUACGAAAGGAGGUCGGCGUUUCUGUCGGUCGUCUUCCUGUUCGGCAACUUCGUCCACCAAUGACGGGGUCCGGAACUGUCCUUUCAACAUAAAACUCCGCCUAACCAGAGACGGCCAGAGACUGUACAUCCGGGACAUAUACCCUGCCCACAAUCACUACUUGGAUCGCAAUAGCCAACCGCGUAUACCGCACCCCUCCAUAACGGAGAGUAAAUUACGUCCGCUAGAGAAGCCUCGAGUCCUUCUUCCGGCGAAGGCUGGUGAUAUCAACGCUAUUCUGAAUCAAGAUCUCUCCGAUGACGUGAAACGGCUCGUUCUACUGACGAAGACGUCUCGGAGGAUCCUACCGAUUAGGCUCAUCGCGGGGAAGCCCGAAGAGGAUUCGGAGCGUCAGACGGGUGCAGCGAAUAGAAGCUACCCUGAUGUGACAGUCAAGCGAGAAAUCGAAGAUUCAGAUAUGCUAGCGGAAUCAUCGAUUCGACCUGCUGGCGGACAGGACGACCACGAGACAGGCAUUGGGCUCGAACCCGAAUGUAUUCUGGGCACCGAGGAGAAGAUCGUUCCUGAUGUCGAUGACGACGUCGUAGACGGGGAAGCUUCUUUUGCCUCUACGGCGUCGCAGUAUGCAACAGACACGGAGCCUCGCAUCAAGGAGGAAAUCCUCGACGAAUUUCCGAUGGAGAUGGAAGGCGACGGUGGUUCAUCUCACGUUGAUAUCGACUUUCCUUGUGAUGACUCGGCAUUCCUCGUCAGUCGACAACAGAUCCUAGAAAUGGUGAAAUUCUGUAGUCGGUGCGGGAGUCGGGUUGCCAAUCGGUAUUACUCGUACCGCAUCGAUUCGCUCGGGGUAGCUCUGAUCUGCAGCGCAGGACAUACGGUAGAAGUUUCGUUAGGACGGAACUCGUCUUCGAGAUCUCCCCACAAUGUCAUUGUGGGCUCAUGA